AUGGAGGUUUCACGUGUUUCUAACUGCUUUGCUGAAGCCGUCGAGGCUGAAGUUUUCCAAGACUCUGUCAUCCGCAAUCUGUCGAAAGACAUCAGAGCCGGUCUUAACAGAGAAAUCAUAGCAGUGCGAAAUGCGUACAUGAAUUCUUCUGAUGACGGUGCCGUUGUCGCUCCUAGUAUCCUAUCUGAAAUAUUCGAGACUUCAUUGGAAUCAUCAAGGCUUGGUCGAAUGGCUACGCUCGCCGCGGAGAAUCAGUAUUCAAGGGCAGUACACAAGCAGUACUUUCAGUUUGACGAGUCAUCAAGUCGCGAGCAUAUGGCCGCCAUCUCCUCGGCAAUUGCAGAUCGUAAGGUACUCUGCGACGUAUGCCAGUCGACCGCGGAGCAAUUGUCAGCUUUCUUACUCGCAUUUGAUAAGAAGGAAGAAGAGAGGCCGACGACUGACGCGUUCUGGCCACGUGGGCCACCGCGGCCCACAGAUCGUGAUGCCUACAUCGACGGACAGAGAUUUAUUUCUCCAGAGGAUUUACAGCCAGAGGACCGCCUUCCAUCUAAUGUCAUUCAGCAUCACAGUAUGACCUGCGACCUCGUUUCAUCAGCAGAGACAUGCCCAUUGUGUGAGAUACUUCGAAUUGCGUGCAUACUGGAUUCGUUCCGGGAACGAGGACGGCCAUUUGACCACUCAAGAGAACCCCUGGCCAAGAUACUGGAAAGCAUUAGACGAGGUAAAGGCAGCAUCUUGUUUCAUCGCAUCCUUGACCAACUUCGUUCUAGCCGGGACCCUCUAUUUUUGAUGCUUUGGAAGGAAGACGAUCUAAACGCGACGACAUCCACAUCCUUCACGCUCGGUCACCUUCAACUGUUGUGGAAGUGA